GCUGACCGGGGGAUGGCCGCACGCUUUCGCUUCUUCAACCGUUGUCAGCUGAUCGGCCCAACGUUCAACCUAGCCUACAUGAAUUUAUAUCGCUAUCAUCCGUCCUUCCAUGAAUUUUGAUACUCUCCUGUUUUCGUCUUAACUGUUUUGGAUUUCCUCAGUACAAUAUGGCAGAUGCUGAUAUGAUAGGAUCCUUUCCUGACAUAGGGAAGCGGAAAUCCAGGCCUCCAAGGAAGGUGAUCAACCCCACUGUAACCACCUCACCAGCAUUGCUUGAUGAUGGGCCAUGUACAAGAGAGACAAGUGUAAAGGAAGAAGUCACUACUCCUCAGAGAUAUGGAGACCCUGAAUCAACAAGCCGUCUGCUUCAGUGCAUCUCUCCUCACAUCACUCAGCAGAAUCAUCAAAUCACUGAAUAUUUUACUCCUAAGAAGGAAGAGAGGAGAAGUCCAGUGCCUAUGGAACAAGAGUCAAGACUCAGACCAAAUAAAACAUACUUUGAAGAUGAGGGGAAGGAAAACCAGCAUCAUCUCAAUGGCCUUAGAUUGCCUGAGCAAGAUUCAUUCAGGGACCCUGCCACCUCCUCAAGCAGAGUUCACUAUCACCGUAUUCAGAGUCCAGUGGAGGAGUUUGAAUUGGAAAGUCAUGUAAAUCUCUCACCUGUAUCUGGGAUCUCAAAACUUCGUAUUCGCCUGACUCCAAGGGGUGGUGCAAGAGUGGUGGGGCGGAAGCCUUCCUCCAGUCGUCCUCAGUUGAUGGGAUCAUGUGGUAAUAGGUUAUUGGACCAGGCUGAGAAAGGCAAGACUUUGGAAGCUUCCAAGAUGCUCCCACUAACUGAAUACUUCCCUGUACGGCGAAGCAACCGCAAAACCAAAGCCACUCUCCUCGAGGAGCAAAGGAGUUCCAUUGAAGAGGCCAUUGUUCUUCAAGCUGAAGAAGGAUUGGAGGUGGAGGAAUUUACAGGAAAGGGUCGUGGUGUGGUAGCAUCACGUGCCUUUGCCAAGGGUGAUUAUGUUGUCGAGUAUGCUGGAGAUCUCAUCGAUAUGCAGGAGGCUGAGAAGAGGGAAGCCGAAUAUUCACGGGAUACCUCCAAAGGCUGCUAUAUUGUGGAUGCAACCCAGGAAUCGACCCGGGUUGGGCGACUGAUCAACCACAGCCGACUGAAGGCAAACCUGGUCCCCAAGGCAUAUGUUGUGAAAGGAAAGCCUCAUUUAGUGUUUGUGGCCAAACGAGACAUAUCACCAGGAGAGGAAUUCCUUUAUGACUAUGGAGAUCGAAGCAAGGAGAGCCUCAGGCAUCAUCCCUGGCUUGCUUACUGACACCAAUACAUCAGUAC